UUAAUGGCUUUCAGCAGCCCCACUAUACAAAUUGUUCUAGCACCACUGCCCACCCAUGCUCUCACACUUUCACCAGUACUUAUUCCUUCUCCUGUGCCCUGUCAUGCACAGACACAUACAUAAACUCCUCUUUGCUCCCAGUAGGCACACAACUACUCCUCCCUCCCAACACUCCCCUCCACCAACCCCCACUCCCUUGCACCUGUGCGUGCACACACACACACACUCCUCCUCCAUGCACACGCAAGCAAACACUCUCCUACACAUGCACAGAUGUGCCCACUUAGUUUCUCUGGUGCUCUGGGUGCUGCAUAGUAAAACUAGGGGAGGGAUUUAGACCAGUGCUGUGAAAAAUCAUGGAAGAUAAAAGACGGCGAGCCAGAGUACAGGGUGGCUGGUCUGGACCUGUUAAGAGCAGAACAGCCUCAUAUGCAGCUCCGGGGGCUUCUGCGGCCAGGAAUCUUGUGUCAGUGGGCACUGAUCAGACCUGGAUGAGAAGAGAGCAGCUUCCACCCAAAAGACAAUUUGUGUUUAAAGAACCAACAGAGGUGGAACGCAAAGCUCCAGGGCCAAGAGUGAUAGAUGAACAGGGCCUGUAUGAGAUCAGCACGUUGCCAACAGGAGUGUCUCGGGUUCAUUUGAUUCCUGGCUUCAUUGACUCAAAACAAGCAGACUGGAUGUUUGAACAACUGCUCCAAGAGAUCCCCUGGAGGCAGAGAACUCACCUCAGGCAGGAUCUAUCUUACAAGGAGCCCAGACUUACUUCCUGGUAUGGGGAACUUCCUUACACUUACUCCAGGUUAACGAUGCAGCCAAAUCCUAAUUGGCAUCCUCUGCUGAUCAUGCUGAAGGAGCACAUCGAAAAGGCCACCGGUCACGCUUUCAACUCUCUGCUCUGCAAUCUGUACCGAAACGAGAAGGACAGUGUCGACUGGCACAGUGAUGAUGAGCCAUCAUUGGGGAGAAACCCUGUCAUUGCUUCGCUCAGCCUUGGUGCCACCCGAAUCUUUGAGAUGAGGAAGAAACCCCCACCUGAAGAGAAUGGGGACUAUACUUAUGUGGAAAGAGUGCGGAUCCCAUUGCCUCAUGGAACUUUACUGAUGAUGGAGGGAGCUACCCAGGAAGACUGGCAGCAUCGGAUACCUAAGGAAUAUCAUGCCAGGGAACCACGGAUAAACUUGACAUUUAGGACCAUUUAUCCACACCCUGAGGGAAUGCAAAGGUGAAUGAAGACAACUGUUUUGGAUAUUACUGGAUAUAACAUCACAUCUGAUCCAAAGCCUCAGACAUAGUGCUGGUUUGGAGCAAGAAGCCAUAAUGGAUUCACAGUUACUGUCAAAAAUCUGAUGGGGAGAAGGGAACAGAGCUGUCAUCAUGAAGAACUGUGACAGUCACAAGUUUCCUGUAACAUGCAGAUGAUACUGUCAUAUUUUCAGACAUAAGAUGCUAUUUGAUUUUGCUAAUUCAUAGACUUUGUUUUGUUUGAUUUUAAAAAACAAUAGUGACCUGUCCCUUUUGAGAGAGGUGAAAAUGCUUGCAUAAAAUUAAAGAUAUGAAAGUUCACCCAUGGGAAAGCA